AUGAGAGGAAGCGGCUAUUCCCAGAAGACUCUAACAGUGAAUGGGUCAAGCAGGAUGCGGGUCCAGAGCCCGUCUCCGUCCCGUUGCAGAGCUUCUUCAGCCUCAUCGGUGACCCGUGGACGUACCGGCUUCCAGGCUGGUGCCGUGGAGGUUGGCACAGAGCUUCAUCAGCUUCAUGCUAACGAGAAAGAGGAGAUGCAAUUACUAAACGCACGCUUUGCCGGCUACAUCGAGAAGGUUCAGGCUCUGGAGCAGAGGAAUGCCACGCUCAGGGAGGAGCUGCAGAUGCUGCAGAGCCGAUACAAGGCAGGACCGGGGGGACUGGCUGAGGAGUAUGAGGCCAAAUUUAAGGAAAUGAAGGAACUGAUCGCAGCACUGACAGCGGAGAAAGGAGCGGCUGAUAUCGAGAGGGGAUAUGUAGAGGAGGAAGUGGAGCUCUGGACCAUGAAGUUGGAGGAAGAACUCACACUUAAAGAGGAGGCAGAGAUGAUCCUGCGUGAGUUCCGUGAGGAUGUGGACAAUGCCACGCUGCAGAAGGCUGACCUGGAGAAACGUGUGGAGCAGCUGGUGGCUGAGAUCGAGUUCCUGAAGAAGCUGCACAGUGAGGAAGUGGCUGAGCUAAUGAAGCAAAUUGAGGAAUCAAAGACGACCGUAGAGCUUGACACAGAUCGGCCUGAUUUAGCUGCUCACCUGCGCAAGACACGUGCUGAGAUCGAAGCUGUCGCCGCACGAAAUGUCCAGGAGGCAGAGAAGUGGUACAAAGGGAAGUUUGACACACUGAAGGAGAGCGCCUCCAAGCGUGAGACCCAGAUGAGCAUCAUGAAGCAGGAGAUCAGCACCCUGAGCAGUGCAGCGUCUGACCUGCAGAACCAGAUAGAUGGCCUCAGGGCCAAAAAUGCGGCUCUGGAACAGCAGCUGGAUGACAUGGAGAUGUCUCACCUGGACAAGGUGUCCAACUUGGAAGCUAUCAUAGAGCAGCUUGAGAACCAGCUGUGUGAAACUAAAAUGGAGAUGGGCAAAUACCUUGCUGACUACCAGGAGCUGCUUAACAUCAAACUGAAGUUAGAUGUUGAGAUCGCCACCUACAGGAAACUUCUGGAAGGAGAAGAGAGACGACUCGGGAUCUCAAUCAGCGAAAGCACUGCAGGAACUUCAUCAUCUGCAGUUAAAGACUCGGCCUAAUGCACUUAAUCGCGCAACAUGCGCAUACACUCCAC